CUAAACCAAACAUUAUUUAAAAAUAAUCUAUAACAAAAUUUCUUAUUCAUAAUCAGAAUCUAAUGUUUGGAUGUCUUCAUCAUUUUCUUCAUCUGAAUCAGUUCGUCUUGGUUGGGGUUCAUCUAUAUGAGGUACUUUUUGGCUUGAUGUCAGGGUCUGUGUUUGUCUCUUUAUUCCUUUUUUUGUUAAUGCUUUCCCAUCGUGCUUCAUGUUUUUAUAAAAUGUAUGGUGAAUGGGCGGAAUGUAUUCCAAUAAGCUAAGCAAGUUUUCGUACUUAGCGACUUUAAUCUUUAUUGAAGUGCCAUUCAAAGGCUUUAAAUAAAUUUAUGACACUAUAUUAAGUUUAUUUAAAUGCCAAUAAAAC